AUGUCAGCGCUGCGCAUAGCUAAACCUGGCGGGGCCGGAAAACCCGGAGGUGGAAAACCAGGCAGCGGAGAGCCUGGUAGCGGAGCGCCAGGUAGCAGCAAGCCAGGCAGCAGUAAGCCAGGCAGCAGUAAGCCAGGCAGCAGUAAGCCAGGCAGCGGAGCGCCAGGGGGCCGACCUGACGAGUCAAACGGCCCUGGCCAGCCUGGUAGUGACGCUCCGGCGGAGAACCGCCCUAGCCCAGGGACUUCGGAUGAAAACCCGCGGCCAGGGGACUCCUCUAGGCAACAACCGGGUCCAUUCGAAGACAGAAUCCCUCCACCCGACGCAAAGGCCUUGAAAUUUGAAGAAUAUGGCGAAAAGGGCAAACGAGUGAGAGAUGUACUUGAAGAGGCCAUUUCUACACACAAGCCGGACGUGACAAAACCACCUAUAGAUCGAUUCUAUAAGAUAGAGAGGUCUAAAAAUCAGAUGGCUGCCCUCGAGCCUGCCAAGCUAGCAGAAACUAUCGGAGGAGCUAAAGACGACAAGUCAUUUACACAUAUACAAGUGACAAACAACAAAGAUCUCUUUAUUCACCCUGUCUCCGAUACAGUUCCAAUCCAUGAGGCGUUAUACAGCCCAAAGCUAAAGGCAAUCCAGAUCAAGGAGAGUUACUCCAGAAGAGACUAUUUGCCUGAUGGUACUCGUGCCACCUAUUCCGAGCUUACGUUUCAGAAUUGGAAGUCUGUUGCUGGGGAUAACGUCAAAGAUCUAAAAUGGGUGGUCCAGGACACAAUCUUAAAUGAAGGAACAUGGAACACAAUUGCAGCUGCUAGACAAGCUAUAAAAGUCACGGAGGGUGAAGCAGUAUUUGUCCCAUCGAAACCUGGCUCGGCCAUGGACAACGCUUUUAAUAGCCUGUCCGGGACAGAAAAUGUCAGGGGAACAUGGUUUAUGCUGGCCGACCACCAUACGGAAUUGGGCGGUCUCAAAGUCGUCGGAAUUCGCACAUAUGACAGUCCCUUUUAUUUCCUAAUCGAAAUAGGCCAUUAG